GAAGCGGCCGGAGCGGCGCUGGGAGAGGCCUGGGCCCGGCGAAGCCCGGCCCGCCUCGGUAAGCUGCCGGGGCUGCACCCCGGACCCCGGGGGACCGCGCGCCCCUGAGCGCACCACGGGCCGCGGGAGGGAGAGACGCUCCUGCGGGAGAGAGAGACGAGGGGAGGGUCCCGGCCUCUCCCGGGAAGAGCGCGGCCCUACGCUGCGGCCGGGCCGGGGGAGACGCCAGGCUACGCCCGGGGCUCGCAGGACCCCCAACGGGCUGGGGCGGAGCCUCCGCGGCGCCCCUCCCUCCGCCAGUUGGGCCCCGCCCCUCCUCCCUGCGCGGGGCCCUGGGUCUCCCUCCCGCCCCCGCCCAGGACCCUGCGUCGCGCGCUCCCCCCAGGGUGCCAUGGCCUCGCGGCUCCUGCACCGGCUGCGGCACGCCCUGGCCGGCGACAACCCGGGGGAGGCGGCCACCGGCCCGGAGGCCGAGCAGUUCCCGGAGAGCUCGGAGCUGGAGGACGACGACGCCGAGGGCCUGUCCUCCCGCCUCAGCGGCACCCUCAGUUUCACCAGCGCCGAGGACGAAGAGGAGGAGGACGAAGAGGACGACGGGGAAGUUGGCCCCGACCCGCUGCCCUCCGGGGACGGGGCGUCGGGAGAAGAUGCAGAACGGAGCCCCCCACCUGACGGGCAGAGGGGCAGUCAGCCCCUGGCAAGGCAGUUGCAGGAUUUCUGGAAAAAGUCCCGGAAUACCCUGGUGCCCCAGCGGCUGCUCUUCGAGGUGACCAGUGCCAACGUGGUCAAGGACCCACCCUCCAAGUACGUGCUCUACACCCUCGCCGUGAUGGGUCCAGGGCCACACGCUCGCCAGCCAGCCCAGAUCUCUCGCCGCUACUCGGACUUUGAGCGAUUGCACCGAAACCUGCAGCGACAGUUCCGGGGCCCCAUGGCCGCCAUCUCAUUCCCCCGGAAGCGCCUGCGCCGGAAUUUUACUGCCGAGACCAUCGCCCGCCGCAGCCGGGCGUUCGAGCAGUUCUUGAGCCACCUGCAGGCAGUGCCUGAGUUGCGCCACGCCCCGGACCUGCAGGACUUCUUCGUGCUGCCUGAGCUGCGCCGAGCACAGAGCCUCACCUGCACUGGCCUCUAUCAUGAGGCUCUGGCGCUCUGGGCCAAUGCCUGGCAGCUGCAGACCCAGCUAGGCACCCCCUUGGGCCCAGACCGCCCUCUGCUGACCCUGGCUGGGCUGGCUGUGUGCCACCAGGAGCUGGAGGACCCUGGGGAGGCCCGGGCAUGCUGUGAGAGGGCCUUGCAACUACUGGGGGACAACCCCCACCCUCUGUUGGCACCCUUUCUGGAGGCCCACGUACGGCUCUCCUGGCGCCUGGGCCUGGACAAACGCCAGUCAGAGGCCCGGCUCCAGGACCUGCAGGAAGCAGGCCUGACCCCCACGCCACCCCCCAGCCUCAAAGAAUUGCUCAUCAAGGAAGUACUGGACUGACCUUGCCUAGACUUAAGGCCACUGUGGGGAGAGGAACCGCCCCGGGGAAGGGGGGUGGGGGUGGGCAAGGAGGACAUGAAUAGCAGGUGGGAAGCUGUAAGGGGUGCUGGGAACCCCUAGAAGUCCUACAAAGAAUUUGUAGCAAAGAAACAUGUUCCUUCUGUCGAGCUGGGCUCAGGACAAGCUCCAGCUGGGAUCGCCCUGGGGUGGUGUAGGGAAGAAG